AUGCCUAUUAGAAAUCUUAUUCGUACAUCCAAGUCUUUUAUAAGUAAUAACUUUAAUUUCAGACGUGUUGCAACUUCAGGUGUUCCCAGUAGGGAUGAAAAAUUACCAACAGUUCCAGCCGCACCAGCAGCAAUACCUUUGUAUGAAAUCAUUCUAAAGUUACCAAAUUUAUUUCCAAGGACUCUGAAGGAGUCUCUUAAUGAUUACCAUGACUUCCAUAAGGAUAUUGAUAAGUUUCAAACUGAAUUAUUAUCGACUUUACCAUACUAUCCGAUGGCCAAUGAUGGAAAGAAAGCUGAAUUGAUUACAACUAAAGUUGAUGAUGAAGGAAAUUACAUUAAUGAAUUUUGUAUAUCUCCUAUCGGUGCUGAAGCUGAUCAAAGGGACCUCAAACAUUUAAUUUUCAUACAUGGAUAUGGUGCAGGGCUAGGUUUCUUUCUUAAAAAUUUUGAACAUUUACCGUUAUUAGAUAAUAAGUGGUGUAUUCAUGCUAUUGACCUGCCAGGGUAUGGUUAUUCUAAAAGAUGUGAGUUCCCUUUUAAAUAUCCUGAGCAUGAUAUUAGUGAUGUACAAGAUUGGUUUCACAAACGUAUUCGGACUUGGUUUAAAGCCAGAUCCCUAUUGACAACCCCAGAAAAUAAUAUGAUUAUGGCUCAUUCUUUGGGAGCUUAUCUGAUGGCGUUAUAUAUCGAUAAAUUUCCCAAUGAUUUCAAGAAAAUCGUUAUGUGCUCACCUGCAGGUAUUUGUCAAUCGAGCACCUCAGAAGAAAUUGGGAAUAUUAAGACUCCAUGGUGGUUUAAUAAAUUAUGGGAUCAAAACGUAUCGCCGUUUACGCUUGUUAGAAAUACAUAUUAUCUUGGGUCUAAGUUGACAAGUGGAUGGUCAUAUAGGAGAUUUAAGCAAUUGAAGCAAAGUGGACAUUUGAUGCAAUUUGAGAAAUUGCAUAGAUAUGCGUAUUCUAUUUUCAAUCAGAAAGGAUCUGGAGAGUAUAUCUUAGGCUUCGCAUUAAAAUGUGGUGGUGAUCCAAGGAUACCUUUGGAAGAUAACUUAUUUAAAUCACCAAAGACUGAAGGUAUCCCUAAAAGUGAUUGUGAAUGGUUGUGGGUUUAUGGCGAGAAGGAUUGGAUGGACAUUGGAGGUGGGAAGAGAGUCACAGAUGAGUUGGUGACUAGGUUUGGAAAAAAAAGUUCAACAACUGUUGUUCCAGAUUCAGGGCAUCAUUUGUACUUUGACAAUUAUAAAUUCUUUAAUGAACUUUUGGUUAAAGAAAUGAAAAAUAUGUAA